AUGAUUCUUUCACGUUUUGAUCAGUUACUUGACACAAUCUCUGUGGUGCCCAAGAAAAACGAGGAAGAAAUCUUCAUUGCCUUGUCCCAGGCCUCAGAAGAAAAACAGGACAAGUUCAAGAGAUUACAUGUUCUUAAUAAUUACCAUGUGGCAGUGGAAGCACAUCAAGCACUCGAAGAUUCGAAAAAAACACGGGAGUUUCUUGGGAGUAUCCGUCUAUUGCCUAAAAGUGGAAAAGCUACAGCUCUUCAGAAAGCUAAUGCUUACAAAUCUCAACACCCUUUUUCCGUCAUUGUUGCCAUAAAGCCCUCCUAUACCACAUGGUACAUUUUGUGGUUGCCAUCCGAGUUUCACAAGCUAUAUCCUAUUAAGAAUUCUUGUGAGGUUAUCCUUAGAGUAUUGGAUCGGAGAACUUGGCCUGUUAAUUUAAAAUAUGGAGGAGGAAGAGCUCAAUUCCUGUCUGGUUGGAUAGAAUUUGUGCGUGACAAUAAUUUGAAAGUUAAUGAUGUGUGUAUUUUUGAGUCGAUUGACAACAAGGUUAAGCCUUUGUUUGAUGUUGUCAUUUUUCCCAACAUAGAAGCUGCUAAUUGCCUCGAUGAUAGGGAACAAACAGUGCCUGAGAUAGAAGAAACUAAUGAAGAUGAUGAUCCUAGUGAUGAGUCUGGUGAUGCUGAUUAUCUUUCUGACGAUUCUGUUGAAAUUAUAGAAAAUUGUACAACUUUCCCAAGAAGAACAAAGGAGAAAUCUCCAAUGCCAUGUCCUCAGCCUCCCAAGAAAAACAAAGCCAGUUCAAGUGGUAAAGUAGAAUUACACCAAGAUCAAACUUAG